UUCCAUAGCGAAUCCCGCUACGACGUGUCAGUCACAAACUCCGAAUGGCCAUCGACGGUGUACUAUGACACUCUGUUCGAAACAUAUGGAUCAAUCAUCACCGAAAUGACUGUAUCAAUGGCGCAAAGCGACGAAGAGAGACGAAGCAUAUUGGCAAGAGAGUUCACCAAGGUCAAUAUUUUUUUGGAAACUUUCGAAGUUACAAACAUUGGAGAGGAUGCCAAAUAUGAUUUAUCGAAAACUAUGAGUGACUUGGGAGGAGCAGCAGGGCUCUACUUGGGAAUCUGCGUGGUUACUCUACUGGAAAUCCUGGAGCUGAUUUUGUCUUUGUGCAAAUCUUUGAUCCGUUUCCUGUUCUGCAGAUCAUCAGGAAAAAUGCAGAACAAGAAUGUGCAUCCAAUGGCUCGGGGAAAGAGCAAUUUUCCGUCCUCCGAAAUGUAUGACUGACGAAAAUCCUCCUUCAUUAUUCAUAUCUGCUCUUCAAGAAGCAGAAGAAAGAAGCACAAAAGCACCAAAAUAUUGCUCAUUUCUGCACGUGACUUAUUGUAAGCUGCU